AUGGGUAAUCUGAUAGUCCCAUUCCUCUUCCAUUCAUCAAAUAUCGUUCUAAAAAAUCAAUUCCAUCUUAAUGAUGUUUAAGAUCUGAUUAAAAUUAGCACUGACUAUGUGCAAAAUGAAAGUAUUGGAAAAGCAGUAAUAUACAAUAACUUUUCUAUAUAUAUUGGAGGCUUCUUGUCCCCGUUUGUGUUCUUAAAUUUUAUGGCUCGCACUUCCAUAGUAAUUACAUAUAACAUCAUGGCAAUAAUUAUGUGCUUGACUGGAGUUUUCUUAUUUCUUUCUCUGAAAGAGCCUUAAGACUAGCAAUUUUUAUUGGAAAUUCAAAGUAGGAAUGAUUCUCAAACCAUCUUGAGUAAUCGGAAAUCAGUUACUGGAGUAAUAUCAAGGCAGGAGUUUAAGAAUCUGCUUGAUAAAAUAAAGCCAGGAAUAUUUCUAUUUUUUGCGUAAAUUUUCAGAGGCUGUUCCCUAAUGAUGCCAAUGUUUAUUGACAACAAAAAUACAGAGCUUAUAAUAACAAAUAUUGUCCUUAUGGCUCUUGGAAAUAAAAUGGCUAAUAUUGCAAGAGAUUUGAUAUUCCAGAAAAACUAAGGGACAUAAUCGAGAGGAGUCAUGGUUGGUUUCAUGGGCUUAUUCUAAAACAUUGGAAUACUUCUUUAUAUCUCAGUAUUUGCCUUUUUAUCACAAAUAAUUGGACUCAAUGGAUGUUUUGCUUUCCUUGGAAUUUGUGAUUUGAUAUUAGGAAUCUCAUCGAAGUUCGAUUUAAAUAAGAGAUAUUUAAAGAAGUGA